CUAAGAUAAUAUUUUGUUUAGUCCAAGGUACCAUAUGCAAAGCACCGGACUAAAAUCAUCAUCUUCAACAUCAGCAGCAGAAUCAGUUUCUCUGGACAAUCAAGACACUGAAAAAACAACUGAAAAAGGCCAAAGAAUAUGGCUUUAAUUCCCACAAAUUCCCAUUCCCAGGUCAAUGAAGGACCCUUGUUUGCAGAAGUGGACAUGGGUGCUGACUCCUCUGCAACCUCUGUUCGUGCCACCGUGGUCCAGGCCUCUACCAUUUUCUAUGAUACCCCUGCCACCCUGGAUAAAUCUGAAAGGCUGCUCGCUGAAGCAGCCUCUUAUGGUGCCCAAUUGGUUGUAUUUCCUGAAGCGUUUAUUGGUGGCUAUCCUCGUGGAUCAAAUUUUGGUGUUACAGUUGGUAAUCGUACAGCAAAGGGUAAGGAAGACUUCCGGAAAUAUCAUGCUGCAGCCAUAGAUGUGCCUGGUCCUGAAGUUGAUCGUUUGGCUGCCAUGGCUGGAAAAUAUAAAGUGUAUUUAGUGAUGGGUGUGAUUGAGAGAGAGGGAUACACACUCUACUGUACAGUACUGUUUUUUGACUCUCAAGGUCGUUACCUUGGAAAGCACCGUAAAGUCAUGCCAACAGCUUUGGAAAGAGUAAUCUGGGGAUUUGGAGAUGGAUCUACAAUUCCAGUUUUUGAGACACCAAUUGGAAAAAUAGGUGCUGCAAUAUGUUGGGAAAAUAAAAUGCCACUACUAAGGAUGGCAAUGUAUGCUAAAGGCAUUGAAAUAUAUUGUGCACCUACUGCUGAUUCGAGAGAUGUAUGGCAAGCAUCAAUGACUCAUAUUGCUCUUGAGGGUGGAUGUUUUGUUUUAUCUGCCAACCAGUUCUGCCGAAGGAAAGAUUACCCACCUCCGCCUGAAUAUCUCUUUUUAGGCACUGAAGAAGAUCCUGACUCUGUUGUUUGUGCUGGUGGAAGUGUUAUAAUUUCACCAUCAGGGACUGUGCUUGCUGGACCAAACUAUGAAGGGGAAGCACUCAUCUCUGCAGAUCUGGAUCUCGGAGCAAUAGCGCGGGCAAAGUUUGAUUUCGAUGUAGUUGGGCAUUAUUCAAGGCCUGAAGUGCUUAGCCUAGUCGUUAGAGACCAUCCUACAAGACCAGUAACUUUCACUUCAGAAUCGGAAAAAGGGGAAGGCACACAGAAGUAGCGAUGGUUUUAUUGCAGAUUAACUACUUGUUUACCUCUUGAUUUGGUGGCAACUUCACUGCUUAUCUGAAGUGGUCCCUGGUAAAUAUAUCCGUCUGCAUCCCCCUGAUGUUUGAUGGUUUGGCUUAUUUUUGUCCAUCUAUGGAAGCGCGACAAUAACAUUAAAUUCUGGUUAACCAAAAAUCAUGUUAGUAUCCCUGUCAACUAAUCACUGUCAGGUUACAGUAAUGCUGCUUGAGUUCGACCUGAUUCUUAGUGGUACAGGGGACUACUAUCCUGUAUACUUUAUUUUUGGCAAAUCAGUGACUCAUAUUAUAGUGGUCCAAA